AUGUCUGGAAGCGCACAGUCAAAGCAGGCACCUCGGAUUCUCAGGGGGUUGUCCGUAACCUGCAUCUCCACUUCGGCAGCUGAUUUCGCUAACGUUGCAAACUUGGUGAUCACGCGGGACAGCGUGGCUGAAGCGUUUCCGCUGAAAACAGCGCUGUUGUGCGUCGACGAGGAAGGCCGUUACUCCGGCGAGUUCUUCACCGUGUCUUUGGCAGGCUUCAUCCGUCAGCGCGGGGAGAGCGACGCGUGCUUGAAUCGGCUGCUCUACGAGAAGGGCAUGUUGAGUCCGGCCUUGUCUUUCAAGGAACAGGGCGAGUUGCUCUUCAGCCUCGUAGGGCAGAAACCCAAUUUCAUUUGUGUCCCCUACGGCGUUUUUGAUUUCGUUCAGGGAAUUCUGGACUUCAUUGCCGGACUGAUCCCUUCUCAGUCUGACCUAGCUGAAUAUGGGCGAAUUGGUCGAUACUAUGCUGAGCAGAGCAUGCUGGUCCUCGAUCCAGCCACUGGCAAGUACAGUGAGGAGCUCACGCCCUCCUAUGGCAGGACUGACUUGCGCGCUUUUCUGACGGAUGCCCUCCAGUGGCUCAAGCAUCCAUUGGACAAGUUGCCACAACGUUCCAAAGGCAUCCAAAGGCCAGGCAUCAUGGGCUCUGGAGCCUCCAUCCACGAGCAGAUACAGAAUGCCUCCCAGGAAGAGCUACAGGAGGCCAUGGACAAGAUGCCUGAAGAGGAGCAGCAGAAGAUCAAGUCCUGCUUGUCUCCAGAGGAUCUGGCAAAGGUUGAAGCGCUGAAGUGCUUGGCGCGAGAAAACCUCCUGAGGGCCGCUGCAGAUGGCACCUUGGAACGUGCGCUCCAGGAAAUCAAGGAGAAGCAUAGUCAAUCAGCGCCACCUCCACCACCCGCGUGA